AUGCAUUCGAGUACCUCUAGUAGCCCGGUCCCGUCAUUUACGGGUGAAUUUGAUGUUCCACAUAAUGAAAAUGGACAACGUAUCCUAAAGUCCAAGCAGUAUCAAGGCUCUGACUCGGUGUUCUUCAAGAUUGAGCUUAAUGACCUUGAUAAAAAGAAAAAUGAUUCAGUAAAAGAACUAAUUACUGUGGAUCCUAGCGAGUAUGAAGAUGUUUUGCCUCCGAAGCGUAGUAUCGCUUUGAUGUUUUUUAACAGCUUUCUGUCUGACGUUUCUUUUACUAUUGUUAUUCCGGUUUCCGCUGAAUAUACAAGAGAACUUGGAGGCUCAAACUCUUUUUCUGGUUUGGUUGUUGGUAUUCCCACUUUAAUUUCCCUUAUAAUGUUAUAUCCCAUGCUUGUGUUUGCCAAUCCAAAAUUUACUAAUGGUUACACACUCUACAAAAGACCAAUGAUUUGCUCGUGCAUUACAAACUUAAUCGGUCAUGUCUGCUAUGCUUUGGCGUACCAGGCUAACUUUCUGUACCUUAUUCUUAUUGGCCGUAUGUUUAACGGCAUCGCUUUCACCAUGUUUUUGUAUCAUAAAAAAUAUGCAACUGACAAACUUCUUGUUGGGUACAAGCGACGUACUUUUCUUUCUGGUUUCAAUAUCCUUGCACAAACUCUUGGUAUGAUGAUUGGUCCCUCCCUCGGUGGUUUUCUUGCAAAGCAUGCACAAAACAGCAAAAGUCGUAUUUGGAGCCAGUACACCGCUGGCACGUGGGUAAUGUUUUGUAUCUGGUGCUUGUAUUCCUUAUGUCUGUGUACUCUUUUCAAAGAAGUCACCUCUUCGAAUGCGACUAUUCCACCCUCAAUCGUUUCUGAAGAUAGCAGUCAAACCAAUCCGUUAACCGUUAAGCAAAAAAUUCUUCUUGCUUAUAUGUGGUACUCCGCUUUUAUCUCUUAUUUCAUCAUUUCAUCCUACCAAGCGAGUAUUCCCAUUUACACCGAGAAGUUCUUCAACUAUUCUGCGUUCCAGUCGGGCAACUUCCUUGCCCUUUCUGCCUUAAUUAUUGCUCCUUUCAUUUUUUUGGGUUCAGUAUUAUCGCGUUGGAUCGAGGAUCGUCAAAUUAUGUUGCUUGGUUUUGUGCUUGGUUUUGCAGCUCUCCUUGUGGAUCUUAUCCUUGAAGCUGGAAAACAUAACCCAGUGCAAACUUAUUUCAUUAUGUAUACAAUUGCUUUCUACGGUUUUAGCUUGGGUUCGGCUCCCCUUAUUUCCCUUUUAUCCAAAGAGCUUCAGCCAAAGUACCAUGUAACUGCAAGUAUUGUCGUACAAGUUGGUGUAUCUUUAGCGAACACAGUCGGUUCUAUCAUGGGUGGCUCAUUAUGGUCUAUUACUCCCGUCGGUCUAGAAGCUAUGGACCUGGGUAUGACUGUUGUGGCACUCAUUAUUUUGGCCUUCGUUUGGAAGUACAUUAAGCAAAAGCUUCGUUGA